AUGGACAACAAAAUGGCAUCACCCUGUCGUCUGCCAAUCAAUCACAAGAGCGUUCGACCAGAAACAAGAAGAAAAAUUACCAGUGUUGGUGAUCUUUUCUUUCCUUUUUUCUUUCUUUUCUAUAAUGUUUUCUUUCUUUCUCGUUUAAUUUUAUUCAUGUACUUAUUUCUUUCGGUUUCCUUUUUUCUUUCUUUCUUUUAUCUUUACUUUCUUUUUCCUUCCUUUUUUGGUUUUUUUCUCGCAUUUUUUCUUUCUUUUUUCUUUCUGUCUAUCUUUCUUUCUUUCUUUUUUCUCGCGUUUUGCAUUCAUUUAUUUUUCUUUUCCUUAUUUGCUUCUUUCUUUCUUUCUUUCUUUCUUUCUUUCUUUCUUUCUUUCUUUCUUUCACUCCUUUCAUUUUUCUUUCUUUCUUUCACUCCUUUCAUUUUUCUUUCUUUCUUUCUUUCUUUCUUUCUUUCUUUCUUUCUUCUUGGAUUUGCUUUUCUACUCCAUAUCUCUCUGUCUUUCUCUCUCUCUAUUCUCGACCCCCAUUUUCCCUUCUCUCUCUCUAUCCCCAUUUCUCUUUUAUUCUUGCAUUCAUUCAUAUCUAUCUAUCUAUCUAUCUAUCUAUCUAUCUAUCUAUCUAUCGAUUUCAAUAUAUUCUUGUGUAUCUAUGUAGGGGAAUAUCAUUAUCUAUCUAUCUAUUAUUGUCUGGGUAUAUUAUCUAUCUAUCUAUCUAUUAUUUUGGGGGGUAUAUUAUCUAUCUAUCUAUCUAUCUAUCUAUCUAUCUAUCUAUCUAUCUAUCUAUCACCGUCUAGGCAUAUUAUCUAUCUAUCUAUCUAUCUAUCUAUCUAUCUAUCUAUUAUUGUAUGGGCAUAUUAUCUAUCUAUCUAUCUAUCUAUCUAUCUAUCUAUCUAUCUAUCUAUCUAUCUAUUAUUGUCUGGGUAUAUUAUCUUCCCAUCUAUCUAUCUAUCUAUUAUUUUCUGGUCUAGGCAUAUUAUCUAUCUAUCUAUCUAUCUAUCUAUCUAUCUAUCUAUCUAUCUAUCUAUCUAUCUAUCACUGUCUAGGCAUAUUAUCUAUCUAUCUAUCUAUCUAUCUAUCUAUCACUGUCUAGGCAUAUUAUCUAUCUAUCUAUCUAUCUAUCUAUCUAUCUAUCUAUCUAUUAAAUACAGUCUUUAA